GUUUGUGUACGCAUCGAACAAAAAAAAAAGCACUCAAAGAGGAGAUUGAGUAUAUUUCUAAAGCCGCAGAAUAUUCUCAGCCAAAAGAGAGUAAACUACUUAAAUAAACAAGCACAAUGCGUUAAAAGCGAGAGUACAACGAAAACUUUAGCAAUUCAUUUUAGUAAACCUCUUGAACAUAAUUAGACGUUAUAUUUGUUAAUGUAUCACUUAUUUUUUCCUAUAAUACAACUCUAACAUUGAUAUAUCAUUGGAAUAUAUAAUUAUAUUAUAUCGAAAUAAAUUGAGUAUGUUGUUGAGCGUGAGCAGUGCAUGUAUUCCAGCGAGUAGAGGAUAAUGCGAAAAGCAAUGCAAAAAACGCAGAGAAAUAUGAGCGAACAAAAAGGAACUACAAUAAAGAGGAGAGAAAAAAUGGAUAAUUAUUCCCGAAUACAGCUGGUGGAAAACGAGCGAAUAACACAGCGAAUGAGUGAGCAACGACCGCAACGCUACUGUCUUCUGCUAGCGCAACAAAACGCGCAUCCAACGCCAGAGCGAACAGAAACAAUUUGUGUGUGUUCUCGCGACGAGUUCGACUUCAUCCUGUGUAAAUAAUUUGUAAUUAACGCAAAAACGCCUAAAUCUUAGUGCAAAAUCACAAAAAAUCUUUUUACAUAAGAAAUUAAUUAAGUAUUUUACUUGCUGGGUAUGAGCAUUUUACAAAGUGUAUAUAAAUCUGAUAAAAGUUGUUAAAGAAAAAUUCAAAAAAGAAAAAAUCGAAACAAGCGAAAAAGCAAACGCCGCUGCGUUACGUUGUCACCAAUUCGUGUAUACCCUUGUCGUACUCGCGAACGGCGGCUAAAAUAACCAGCGUCAAUAUUUUCUUGUAAUUAUUGUGACAAGUGUAACUUUGUAUCAAUAAACUGAGCGAAACCAGAUAUCUUUAGCAUCUUACAUUGCGUAAAAGUUUAUGAUAAAUAAUAUCAAUUGUAUUUAUAAGAAAUCUAACUACAAAAAUUCCAAAAUCGUUAUAAUAAAUUUAUGCAUAAUUUGUGUCAAAUAAAAGCCGAGAAUGUUUACAUAAAUUCUACUUAACUAAGUUGAGUUUUAAAUAAUUUCGUGGCAUUUUUAAGAAUAUUUCUUAUGUGGCUUAAAUAGCAAGCACACGCUUGGAACGAGCACCAGAAACACCGAUUACCUAUACUAUAUUGGAUAACUCACCCAUACAUUUGCAAAGCCUCAUACAUAUAUACAUACCAAACCAAAAUCCUUUGAACAAGCAACAAAGAACGUUCAGCCAUAGUAAAAAGUGUACAUGUGCAAUUAUCUUUGCGAUUUUCCACGAUCAAAUGUAAAAAGGAUCUCGUCUCUGUAAAAUUUGUUAACUUCGCUUGUAAAUUACUUUUGUGUAAAUAUAAACCUGUGUACAUAUGUAUUUAAAAUAAACGGAUUAUUUCUAGACCACUGUGCAUGUGUUAACGAUAAGUGUAGUGUGUUUUUGCUAUUUGAAUUAAGCACAUAUAUAUGUAUAUAUAUGUAUAUGUUUGUGUGUAUAAAGUGAAAAAAAUAAGGAAAAAAGUGAAUUGUAAAUUAAAAAAUCUCCUAAAUAUUUCACCGGUUUCUUGAAAUAUUAUAUGAAUAAGAAAAAUUCUCACUGAGAAACACAUUUUAAUAUCAUCAAAUUUUCGCGCUGAAUUUUCACAUAUAUAAAUUUGUGGUGAUCUCGAAUGUAUUUUAAUUCAUACUUACAUAUUCUUUUGUACGUAUAGCAUUUUAAUCAAGUCUCGCAAGCAAGUGUAGAAAUUGGUGUAAAUAUUCAGCAUUUAAUCUUCUCCAAAAGUAUUUGUGCGUAUUUAAAAGAUAAAUAAAAGCGUGUGUGCGGACCCAAAAAUAAUUAAUAAUAAUUAAAAAAUCAAUUUCAAUACUUACGCAAUAUUUGUAAUAAAGAGAUCGCAACAAAUCGGCUCAAUCGGAGAAAAUCGCACAUCUCUACUCGUAUUUAAUUUGAUUUGUAUUUCGCCGUUGCGCGCUCGUUAAUUAAAAGCCGUCAAAAUAGAGCUGUUACCAACGCCCACGAUUUCCAUAUCCACGGUUGCACCGUCACCGCUAUCGCCCCAUCACCAUCCUCAGCACCAACAACAUCACCAUCUCCAUCAAACCUUCCAGCAACAACAGCCGCAGCAACCGCCACAGCAGCAGCAGCAACAACAUCAUCAUCCGAAUCAGCCGCAUACGCCGUUUGGUGGUGGCUUUCAUCAUCCGUUCCCGCCACUUUUGCCACACCAACAACAACAACAGCAGCAGCAACAACAACAACAAUCGCAACCCAAUUUUCUAUUAACCCCUCCACUACCAACAACACCACAAUCCCAAUUGCAACAACAACAACAACAACAACAUAUGAAGUUAUUGGGUGGUAAUGAUGAUCGUAAUGGGCGCGGCGAUCAGACUAUACCGCGCGUACAAGAGGAGGCAACUGGCGGCGGCGGGGGCGGCUUUAUAUUUCAACCGCCUGGCACGUCCAUGCACGAUAUGGCUGCUGUCGAAUAUGCUGCACAAUUUGCGCAAAAGCGUUGGGCUUGUGGCGAUGAGCAACCGAUUGAUAAUCCCGAUAAAUGGAAGUACAAUCCACCGCCACAAAUGAAUCCGACCAACGCUACACCCGGUGCAUUGCCUGGAAAUGGUCCUGGCACAAUCGGUCCCAUCGGUAUGGGCGCUAAUAUUGGCAGCAUGGGUACCAAUGGUGGGUUGCAUCCUUCGAUGAGUGGACCUUCACAGUUGGGUGUCGGACAAAUGGGUGUGGGCGGUGGUAGUGCUGCUGCGGCCGCAGCCGCUGGCAUGGCUGCUAUGCACACAGCUGCUGUGGCUAAGCACAAUCACAUGAUGUCACAGGUCGUUGCCGCACAACAACAACAUCAGCAGCACCAGCAGCAGCAUCAGCAGCAGCAACAACAAAAACAGCAGCAGCAGCCACCACAUCCAGCACACCAACAGCCAGGGCAGCAGCAACCACAACAGCAACAACAGCCAGGGCAGCAGCAACAUAGCGGCAAUGGUGCUCAACAAAUGCAACUUACUCACUCCCAACAACAACAACACCAACAGCAGCAGCAGCAGCAGCAACAGCAUCAGCAGCAACAACAACAGCAGCAGCAUCAGCAGCAACAACAGCAACAGCAUGGACCGCCGCACCCCUCACAAAUGACAUCACAUCAACAAUUCGGCUCGAAUUUACUGAAUCACGCUAUGAAUAAUCCAGCUGCCGCAGCAGCCGCUGCCGCUAUCGCCGCCAGCAUGCAACCGCCGCACAUGCAGAUGCAAGGCGCCAUGCAAGCGGGCAACUGCAACAUGUACGACCAUCCAGGUGUACAUCCCGGCGUGGGCAUGAAUGGUGUGCCCAAGCCACCGGGUCCACCCGGUCCACCAGGUGGGCCUGGCGAAUUGGUCUACUUCGGGGGCCAGCCACCUAACGCUGCUGCGGCUGCUGCUGCUGCCGCUAUGGGCAUGUUGCCCCCAAAUCCUUUCAUGAAUAACGCUGCCGCGGCCGCAGCCGCCGCCAAUCGUAAUGCCGCAGCGAUUACUACAUCCACUGCCAAAAAGCUAUGGGAAAAAUCCGAUGGCAAAGGUACCACUUCAGGUGGCGUAUCCGGUGGCCCCCUGAAUCCACUACACAUACCCGGCGUCGGCGAUCAUCCAGUUUGGAAGGAUUCAACAUGGUCCACACAGGGUGAGAAUAUAUUGGCACCACCACGGCCACGCACUUUUCCACAGGCACCAGAUACGAAUACGAGCAGUAAUGCAGGCAUAUUGAGCCCACGGGAUGCCACCAGCGGAUUGGGUGUUAAAAUGGUUGAAUACGUUCUGGGUGGUUCUCCAACCAACAAGGAGAGCCCACUAUCCAGCCUUGAGCCACGUUUGCGGGGAUUAAAAUUCGAUGAUAAUGACAAGUCUCACGACGAAAAGGAAAAGGCCAAUUCUCCGUUUGAUACAAACGGCCUAAAGAAGGACGACCAAGUAGCAAAUACAAAUGGCGUCGCCAAUGGUAUUGAUGACGAUAAAGGAUUUAACCGCACACCCGGCUCACGGCAACCCUCACCGGCUGAAGAGACCCUCCCACGCCCACCCACUCUACUCGAUCCCACACAACACAGUGGCUUCCCAACGCAUCCCUUCAACCAUAUGCUCAAUUCUAUGGAUCAUCAAGGCGGCGGACCGGGUACACAAAUGAACUCGUAUCCGCCACAUCAAAUGCAAAUGGGUCAACUGCAACCGCCUGUAAUGAACGGUGUUGGUGGCAUGCAAAUGGCACAGAGCCCUAUGAUGAAUCAUCAGACGCAAGGACCAAAUCAAAUGGAAUCCCCUGGAAAUUUAUUGCAGCAACAGCCACCAAAUUUUGAUGUACAGGUAAGUUCAACUAGCUCUGCACUUGGCGUGGAUUAUGGAAAUGUUGCUGUAAGUGAUGACGUGCUAACACUAGCUUUGACUCAAAAUCAACAACUUUUCCGCUCACAGAAUCAUGGACUUGCUGCCUCAAAUGCUGCAGCCGCUGCAGCUGCUGCGGCCGCCGCCACAUCGACAGCGCCACCUGGCGCACCGAAUGGUACCAUGCAGCCCCAGCAGAUGGCACAAAUGGCCGCAUCACAACAAUUUUUGGCCGCGCAACAAAAUGCGGCAUACGCAGCGCAGCAGGCAGCGCCCUAUGUCAUUAAUCCUGGGCAGGAUGCAGCACCCUACAUGGGCUUAAUAGCGCAAAUGCCACAGUAUUAUGGCGUACAAUGGGGCAUGUAUCCGAGUAAUCUGAUACCACAGCAGGGCACACAGCCGAGACGGCCGUUAACGCCAUCGCAACAGGGCGCUGAGAAUCAAUCGUAUCAGGUCAUACCGGCAUUUUUCGAUCAGAGCGGUUCGCUAGUGAUGGGACCACGCACUGGCACACCCAUGCGUUUGGUUAGCCCGGCACCGGUGUUGGUGCCACCUGGAGCGACCCGUGCCGGCCCACCGCCGCCACAGGGACCACCACAACUAUAUCCGCCACAACCGCAGACGGCUCAACAGAAUCUGUAUUCACAACAGAAUGGUUCAAGUGUUGGAGGACUCGCCUUGAACACUAAUUCGCUGACCAGUCGCCGUGACUCGUUCGACCGCAACACAUCGGCUUUUAGCCCUUCGGCUGUGGAUUAUAAUAAUGGUGGCACCACCACCCUACAGGCGGCUGCAGCUGCCGCUGCCGCUGCUGCUGUUGCCGCUCGCGGCAAAUGGCCGACCGCUGUUACCAACAAUUAUGGUGCUUUGGGCGCCACCGCCUCGGCUAGUCCCAUCGGCACAGCCAUUACACCGCCACCGCCACAAUCGUGUCUCGUAACAAACCGUGCACCGGGCGCCGAAACCAAAUAUCGCCAACAAAUGGCUGUCGGCACUGUAGGCCUACCACCCGCCGCUGCUGCAGCACAAGCAGCCGCCGCAGCUGCUGCUGGCAAUAUGUUUGGUUCCAGCAAUUCACUAUUCUCCAAGCUAGCAAUACCGGGUGGCGCUGCUGCUGCUGCAGCUGCUGCCGCCGCCGCUGCCACAACACGUCAUGCUGCGGCCGCCGCUGUUGGUCUAAAUGCAUCUGCAGCAGCUGCUGCCGCUGCUGCAGCGGCAGCUGCGGCCGGUGCACCCCAACCAGGGCGUUCACGUCUACUUGAGGAUUUCCGCAAUCAGCGCUACCCCAAUUUACAGUUGCGCGAUUUGGCCAAUCACAUUGUCGAGUUCUCACAGGACCAGCAUGGUUCACGCUUCAUACAACAGAAACUGGAACGCGCUACCGCUGCAGAGAAGCAAUUGGUGUUCAGUGAAAUUUUGGGCUCAGCCUUUAGUUUGAUGACCGACGUAUUUGGUAACUAUGUCAUACAGAAGUUCUUUGAAUUCGGCACACCCGAACAGAAGAAUACCCUGGGUAUGCAGGUAAAGGGGCAUGUAUUGCAACUGGCUCUGCAGAUGUACGGUUGUCGCGUCAUUCAGAAAGCGCUCGAGAGCAUUUCAUCGGAGCAACAAACAGAAAUCGUACGUGAAUUGGAUGGUAAUGUUUUGAAAUGUGUCAAGGACCAAAAUGGCAAUCAUGUGGUGCAAAAGUGUAUCGAAUGCGUUGAUCCGUCUGCAUUGCAGUUCGUUAUAAAUGCCUUCAAGGGUCAGGUAUAUACAUUGAGCACACACCCAUAUGGCUGUCGGGUCAUACAACGCAUAUUGGAACAUUGCACUGCUGAGCAGACACAGCCCAUACUCGAUGAACUACAUGAACAUACCGAACAGCUGAUACAGGAUCAGUAUGGCAAUUACGUAAUACAACACGUGUUGGAGCACGGCAAACCCGAAGACAAGUCGAUACUCAUCGCUAGUGUCCGUGGAAAAGUUUUGGUUUUGUCACAACACAAAUUCGCCUCCAACGUAGUGGAGAAAUGUGUCACACAUGCAACACGCGGCGAACGCACAGGACUCAUCGAUGAAGUGUGCACCUUCAAUGACAACGCCUUGCAUGUUAUGAUGAAAGAUCAAUAUGCCAAUUAUGUGGUACAGAAAAUGAUCGAUGUCUCAGAGCCGACACAAUUGAAAAAACUCAUGAACAAGAUACGACCACAUAUGGCAGCAUUGCGCAAGUACACCUAUGGCAAGCACAUUAAUGCCAAAUUAGAGAAAUACUUCAUGAAGACAGCUAAUCCGAUAACGACAGCAGCAAGCUCGUCACCAGCACAGUCGUCGUUGCCGGGCAAUAGCAGCAUCUCAACGUUGACCUCAGCGGCAUGCAGCACUGUAGCUAGCCUGACCAUAACCACACCGACAAAUAGCAACGUAACAGGCAAUCUCACAAUCGGCACACCCAUCAUGAUUCAAGAGAAUGGCAUUAACGUUACACCGGUGGGUCAAACAUCGCCAGCAGCAUCAUCGUGCACUGUGUCGACCAACAGUAGCAGUGCCACCUCCGUCGUGACAGCUGUCAAUAGUGGUCUGGGCCCGAUUGGACCUCCCACCACCAAUGGUGUAUUGUAAGGUGGUAGCCCGAAGUGAAAAAGCGACGAAAUUAAUGUAUGCAGUACAAGUGAGGACGAGGUGAAGAGAAGAUAUGAUGAUAAAGCUUAUAGAGAGUCAUAUAGAAUGGACAUACUAAUUUUUUAAUUUUUAGUUUAUGUUUAAGAAGUAACAGCAAAAGUAUGAAUAAUAUGUAUAGUAAAAUUUAGCAGAAGUCUAUUAUAAUUUCAAUGUGUAACGUAGAUUUAAGGAACAAUAUUUUUCUCUAUUUUAUUUUAUGUGUUUAGAUUUUAAAGCUAGCUAACAUACAGACAAGCAAAGGAAAUUAAUUAUGUGUGCAUGCAAAUCGUUUUUACAAGACAUCAUCUAAUAUAGCACUAGCCUGCUGAGGAAAAUUUUUUAUGAAAGGAAUCUCAAAUAAUCAGAAAAGCAUGCAUGUGAGACAUAUUUAUGCACAUAGUAGUUUUUUUUAUAUAUAUAUUUAUGUAUUUAAAAGUAGGGGGGAAAUUGAGAAAAUAAUAACUGAUGCCAAAAUUAAAUACUAUAUGAAGCCAAGCUAUAUGUUAUAUGGCAGACAUUUAAAAUGCGUGUUUAAACGCCGUACGAAGGUAUCAAAAUCGGUUGAAAAGGGAAAGUAAAGAAAUUACUUUCGAUUUAUAUAAAACAACAAAGGGCAGUAAUAACGCUCUACACACCCAUUAAAAAUUAUUUUUCAACGUAAAACAUGUUGAUGACGAAGUUUUAAAAGAAGAAAAUCUCAAAUCAAAAAAUUAUUAAGAGUUAAAGGGAAACGUCGCUAAAUUAGCGCAUUCGUUUAAGGCAUUUAUAGCGCUUGUUCGCAAACUUUUCUAAAAAAAAGUCCGGCAAACGGAUGUCGUUGAUAAAUAAAUUGUAAAAGAGAAUUACAGAGGAGAACACACACAAAUUUAUAACAAUAAAGGGGAUGUAAAAGAUAUGAAAAUACAACAAACAAGAAAAUAAGUUUAGUUUUUAAACUACGUUUAUACUAUAUGUUCGUAUGUAUGUAUUGUCCGUACAGCAUUGAAAUAUGGACUUGCAUUACGCAUAUGCCACGCCUUUUAUCAACACUCACCGCUCGUGGACGUAAAAGAGUCAGCGUAGUGGUUAUUGUUGAAAGCGAAAUAUGGCUGUAUGUGUGCAAAUGCCUGCAGCGCUCUGAGCACCUUUAACAUUCAUUAGUGUUUACUAUAGUUUUGCUUUAAGUAAUUUUUUAGAAGACUUUAAUUUGAGAAUUAUUAAUAAGAAUUUAAGCAAACAAACAUAGAAAUAUAGAUAUAUACAAACACACAAACACAGAACACGCAACAGGCAUGUAUUAAACUAAGGCAAAGCAACACAAGUAAUAUAACAUAUAUAUACAUAUAUUUUUAGCAUCUUUCUUUGGAACGCAACUAGUGUGCUAAGAAAAAAUGCGGAAAACAAAGGACUUUUAUAUAUGAAAUCAAACAAACCAAACUCACUAUGGACUUGUUGCGCACAAAUUGGGUUUUCCUUUUAACUAAAAUUAGUGAAUUGCCCUUCAUUGAAGCACAUGUCUACGCGGUGUGGAACGUGUGGGCAACUUAGAAUGUAUUGUAUAAAGUUCAUGUAAAAAAUGCUCAUAAAAAUUCAUGUAAAAAUUUCAUAAUACAAAAUAGCAUAUAAAAUUUCAUACAAAAAUUUCUAUGGAAGCAAAUUUGAUUUUAAGAUUAUUAAAAAAAUCGUCUCAAUUAAUGUUUUCGUACUAGAGGGUCGAAUUAAAUUUUUUACGGUCUAUGUGCGUUUAUAAUAUUUUGUUGAGCAAAAUGGCAUGCGAAUUAUUAAAUUUGGUAUGUUAACACAUUUAUGUAAAUAAAAAAAAUAUUCUCAUUGUUGAAAGCAAAGAGCAAACAAAAUUUCUUCAAAUACAGUUAUAGAAUUAUUUACAGUUAGGAGAAAUAUUCUUCAGACUAAAGAAAUUACUCCAGCUACAAGUUCUAUAUCUGAAAAUUUAAUCAAUAAAACGACGUUGAUUAUCAGAAGAAAUGUUGAAGAACGAUUUUCUAAUAUUCGCUCCUCUUUUCCAAUGUAAUAACAUGUUGCUUCAAAUGUGCAUAAUCUAAACCAUUUGACUGCAAAGCACAUUUACCGACGCAUAGCUUUGAGAAUCGGACUACCUCUCCCCAUGUAAAUGACAUUUAACAAAAAAAAAAGUAUUUUCAAGAAAACAAUUUAUAGCAGUAAACGCUGACAUGCUCGCUCGUUUCCAUAUUAAAAUUUGAAUUGAAAUGUUGUAAAAAAAAAUGUAGUAUUUUGUACAAAAGGAAAAACUAAAUGUAAUAUUAUGUAAAUUUUUUAAUAAUUUGUAAAAAGAAAAUCAAAAGUAUAAAUAAUUUGUAAAUGCGCCUUUUUAGUAUUAACCUACAAGCACACUCAAACAAACCUAGUGAAACCUGUACAAAUUACCUAUGCUUACACUUCAACUCAUCUUACUAUGGGUUUCCACAUUCAAGGCUCACACGGAGAGCAAUCGAAAAUUUUUUCGUUGCAACGGAAAAUCCUUUUUGUGCGUAAAAUCGUAACCAUCUGACACAAGAUGUAAUAAGCAAAUGAUUGAAAACAUUAUUUAUAUUAUAUUAUAACUAAUUUGUAUUCGCUCGUUUAAAGUACAUAUACUAUGAAUAUAUUUUAGCUAUAUAUAAGUACGUAAAUAAUAUAAUUGUAAGAAUAAUAUUUGUAGUUUUUAGAAUGAAAGCAACUAGAUAAGAGAUGCAAACAAACAAAAUUUUUUAACCAAAAGGAAAAGUCAAAAAAGUUUAUAUUUCCAAACAAAAUAUUUAAAGUUUAGGACUGUAUGUUAUGUAAUAUAAAAUGCUAUAUGUUCUGCUAGUAUUGAAAAGAAGAGUAAAAUAAAAACUGUAAAAAAUGUGUAGCUAUCAUAGAAAAACAGAAACAAAAACGAGAGGAUUCCGCUGCUAAACAAAAGUAGUAGAAAAAUAAAAAUCUGUUUUAGUGCUGCUCGUAAAUAAAAUGAAGUGAAAAAAGCAUGCAUAGGAAGUAAAUUCAAAUUUUGUAUUAUAAAAAUCCAUACUUGUAUGUGUGUGCGUUAUAUUUGGCACGCAUACACACACACAUCACACUCUAUAUAUUAUAUUUAUAAGUAUCAAUGCAUGUCCACAAGAGUGGCGCGUUAAAACGUAUGUAUUGAUUUGAAACACAAAAUACAAGACUAAUGAAAUUUAUGUACUAAAAUCUAUAAAUAAAUAUGUACCAUAAAAAAUCAAGAAAGAUGUAAAAAGAAACAAAAAAGAAAUCAAAACAAAAUUAUAAACCACAUUAUUGCAAGAUAAAAAUGUCUGUAAAAUGUAAAAUGAAAUCGGCAAAUUUAUGUAAAAUUAUAAGAUUGUAUUGUAUUUGUAAACCAUUGUAAACCACUGUAUGUAAAAUUGUCAGUAACGCAGUGAGUCGUACAAGUCGUAAGUUAUAGCACCAAUCAAACAUCUAGCGGCACUACCGCACUGGCGCCGUUGGCUUGUGGUAACUGCUGUACUCGUGUGACCCAGCACGAUUACUGUAUAAUCGUUUAUAUUUACAUUUGUAAUCACGUACUCAGCAGAACAACUGUAUGAUUGUACUAUAAAAUGUUUUGUGUAAAAUUUUGUAAAGAAGUUAAAUAAAUAAAUAAAUAAUUAUUAAAUUAAAAUUUAUAACACUACACACAUAUAUAUAGAUCUAUGCAAAACUUGAUAUUUGAGCGAACACGUGUGCAUUCAUUGCAACAAAAAAAAAAAAAAAAACAGAAGCCUACAUAAGAUGUAAUGCCGCGCCAAAAAAGUGAAAAUGUAAACAAAUGAACACUCAAAAAGAGUGAACUUUCAUAAGACGAAGUCACAUUUUUCCGUGAAAUUUCCAUGAUGAAAAGUAAAACGGAUUGAGACUUGCUAUUCGCAUAUAAAUAAAAUAAAAUUGCUUAAAAAUAUGCACAGCGCAUGCCUGCUGAAAUAUGUAAGCCAAGUGUUAAAAAUUUAAAAAUUUUAUAGAAAAACGGAAAGGGGAAUUACAGGCUCUUUCUGUAAAAAUUUCGCAUAAUUUUUUUUGUUUGCUUUCACCCAUGACAUUUCUGCAGUCAGACGUUUAAAAACCCAUUUGAAGUGAAAUAUAAAGAAUGCAAUUUAAAAAAAUUAAAAGCCUAAAAAAUCGAAUUCGGAAAAGUGGCGCAAGGUUCGAGAAAAGAACAUGCAUAGGCAAUAAUGAAAACAAACCUCAAAAAAAAAA